CAGUAUCAUAGAUAAGAGUCAGAAAGAAAGAGCUGGGAAGAAGAGCGCAGAGCACAGAGAGAGACUGACAGAGGAGAGGACACAACAGAGAUGACUUGGGCGGACAGAGCCAAGCAUUGGCCACCCUGUCACCGGAACUGCAGCCCUGUCGCAAAGGACAUCAAAAGGUGUGCAUGAGAAUAAAUGCUGUGAGAUCUGGAAGAGAGCAGCAGGAAUACACACUCCUGCAGAGGCGCUCACACUGGUCAGUGCAAGGGUCAACAACACUACUGCCUACUGCCAGGGAACCAGAACUUUCUUAGACUACAGAUGAACUGACCACAAUCUAAAUUAACCUUUGGAUUAAGGCGUUCAGAGAUCACAAUAAUUUUGUUUUGCUGUUGCAUCAAUCCCGGGGGUGUACAAUAGAAAGCUGCGGAUUGUUUUUCCCAUGGCGAGCAUUUGGGUCUCUCAACCGGGAACCAUCUGCAGCUCCAAGACUUUGCUCUUGGUGUUUUCCAUCCUGCUGCUCCAGGGGCCUCUCCGUGGACAGCAGCCGAUCUCCAACACCCAUCAGAGGCAUCGCUCUGCUCCGGGGCUGGGAGAUGGUCAUGGAGGCGUGGUGGAUCCGUCACUGCUGGAGCAGGGCAACAACAUGAACAUGCAGAGCCUGCUGGAGAGUCUGAAGGAACAGUUUCUGCGGACUUUCAACCUGUCUGGCAUGAGUCCUCCUCCCCUGCCUCCUGGAAGCAUGCGAGAAGAGCCCCCUGAGUACAUGAUGGAGCUCUAUAACCGUUUCGCUAAUGACCGCACUGCCAUGCCCACCGCCAGCAUCAUCCGCAGCUUCAAAAAUGAAGAUUCAUCUCCCAGUGUUGUGGGAGUUGGAGGAGUGAGGCGUCACCCACUCCUCUUCAACAUGUCUGUCCCCCAUCAUGAACGCAUCACAGCAGCUGAGCUUCGCCUUUACACCCUUGUCCAGACUGACCGCCACCUGUAUGCUGGUGUUGACCGCAAGGUUGCUAUCUAUGAACUGGAAUCGCAUGACGGAGAUGACAACGUGACAGAUGAAAACACUGUGAGAGGCGACAAAUUCAGAGGGGGAGGAGAGCGGAUAGAGCUGGUGGAAUUGGCUUCACGUCAGGUCUAUGGCACUGAUAACGGCUGGCAGGCCUUUGACCUCACUGCUGCUGUUCAACGCUGGCGUAAAUCUGACCGUGGAAGCACGCACCGGCUGGAGGUGCACAUUUCCAGCAUGGCUAAUGAAGAGGAUGUUCAAGGGAUGACAGGGGACAACAAAGACAGGAAUCCACCUGAAGGGGACAUGAAGAUUGACACCAGCCCUGAGGAAAAACACAAACCUCUGCUGAUUGUUUUCUCUGAUGACCAAAGUAGUGAUCACCGUGAUGACAAGCGUGAGCUGAACGAGAUGAUUGACCACGAAACCUCUAACAUGGUUCUCCAGAAUGACUUGGGGACUGGCCUGAAUGGGCUGUGGGGGGAGCAGGGGAGGGACAGGGAUGAGGGUGUUGAAGAAGCUGAGCCAGAUGAAGAGGACCUCAUCCAAAUGCGCUCCAAUCUGAUCUAUGACACAGCAUCCCGAAUUCGUCGCAAUGCCAAGGGAAACCAUUGCAAGAAACAAUCUCUGUACGUAGAGUUCAAAGAUAUUGGAUGGGACAGUUGGAUUCUGGCACCCACCGGUUACGAUGCCUUUGAGUGCACUGGCAUAUGUUCCUUUCCUCUGACCAAGCACGUCACACCCACCAAGCAUGCCAUUGUCCAGACAUUGGUGAACAUCAACAGUCCUCAGAAGGCAGCACGAGCUUGUUGCGUGCCCACCAAGCUGGACCCCAUCUCCCUGUUGUAUCUGGAUGACACAGGCGUGGUCACCUACAAGUACAAGUUUGAAGGCAUGGUGGUGGCUGAGUGUGGCUGCAGAUAGUCCAUGCUUUGAGAGGGUUCAACAGUUUGUAAAGUCUUACAGUAAGAGUAAAGACACAGAACUAACAAAAAGCUGGAAAAGGAGAUAAACCAAAACUGUCUUCAACAAAUGGACAAUUGUUGGAAUCUCUGUAAGGGUUACUCAGUGACACUGGAAGUGCACAUUCACUAUUCAUGAAACUUUGUGCGCUCCAAGUCAGUGAGUAAGGACAAAUAUGUUUUAAACAGCAAAACAGAAAGAAGGACUUCAUCUAACACAGCUAAAGCCAUGAAUAUCAUUCAGACAGCGUGAGAGAGAUCGUGUGUCAACAUGUUGCCAGUAGUGAUGUCAAGGUGUGUCCUCAUACCCACAAGAAUAAAAGGCACACAAUUUCCCAAAGGACUGAACCAAGCACAUUCUAAAGUGUGUGCAGCCUGGUGGGAACUUGUGGGCCAGUUGUCCCCCUCCCCCUCAUCCCCCCUGACAUCUGUCUCCCUCUCCACUUAUCUCUGGCCUGCCCACUCGAUGCAAACACUAAUCAGCAACUUCAUGUGUCCUGGCGCAGUGAAAUGACCUCCCUCAGGCAACCUGACAAGACAUGAACUCUCCAGGCCCAGCUCCUGCCUCCUGCAGCCUCCUGAUACGUAGGCGCUGUGCAGGGGUCCUACUGGCAGGGUUAUCUACCCAACCCUGUUUCCCACUUCACAUGCCUCUUUUCCACUCCCCUGAGCUAUAGCGAUAGCAAGGUGUGGGGGGUUGAGAAACAUGUAUGCCACCAUUGGACGGCAUUCUGGGCAACUUCUGAGGUGGUGGGAUGGGGGAGUGGGACAGGACAAGGGGGCAGGGAUUGUCCACAUUCCUAGGCAACAAACAAUCUCAACUGUCUCAACUCACUGACCUAGCACCAUGUGCCCCUAACAUGUCUCCAGCUCCUCAGUUGAGUUAUCCAUCACUUUUAUGGUAAAAAUGCCUUUUUGGACAGUUAAUAUCUGAAGGCUACAAAUCAGGAGUGGAUAAAGGGGACACCUUCUUUUAAAAGCCUUUUGAUACCUCUGCUGCUUGUGUCAAAUAAAAGACUAUUUAUUGUUUUAAUUUAUUAAUUUUUACAACAGAGUAGAUAACUAUAUAUGUAAAUUUGUAAGUUACCUAGUGUAGAGCAGGUUUUGUAUCCAUGACAAUGCAUUGGCAGAACAAUAUUCAUUUUGUUGGGAAGAGAAAUGGUAACAAUUUCUAAAACAAUAAAGAGCAGCUGCUUAACAAAUCCUAAAUGCAAAAUGUCUCCUUAUCUGUGAAUGAAUCACUGAUCCUUACUGUUUCAGAAAGUUUACAUACCAUGUUUUUUAAAAAUGUCAUUAUCUCGUUUCAAGAUGAACGCAAACAUUUGGAGCUAAAAUGCCACACUGAUGUUAUUUUUCAUAGUUAAUUGUACAUGAUCUAUUUCCCACAUUACAGCUGUCAAUCAAAGCAUCUUGGUCUGUCAGCGUUCCUUUCCAUUAUUUUAGGAAGAAGCUGCUGGACCAAUGAUACAAUGCAUUGCUGACAUUCAGAUCAUUCAGUCCAACAGUAUCAGCUCACAGGUCAUAGUUCAGACAUGACACACAAACAAAGAACCAUGGGAAACUGAGUGGAAGGCUUGCUAAUGAACAAAAUGGAUGGCCUGCUGCUCACACUGACAGCUAGCAGAUGCAGACGGCUGUGAUGGAAAACCUGUUUGUGAAGAGAACAAAAAACAAACAAACAUCUGGACUCCAGCAUCU